UUGGUUGGAGGACUAAGAAAAACAGGGAUUUUGCAAGCGGGGAAUUGGCCAAAUUAAACGUAAUCAUGCUGUUGUUAUAUCACUCUCACAUCUGGCCUCAGGGUGAUUGGCGGGGGCACCUCCGCCAUGCCUGCUGUCGGUGCGGUCAACCAGGGGGUGACAGGACGCGCGAGGUGGCCUGCCGAUCCAGUGCGCACUAACCAUGCCUCCGGCACGGCCCGGAGCACCGAACUUUCACCAAGAAAGAAAGAAAGGAGUGAGCAGGAUCGACGCUGUGUUUCAGGUGUUGGAGGGAAUAAAGGAAAAAAGGAGGCUUUCUCUGUCCCGGCCACUGUAACAUCUGCUGUUGUUCUUCUCUGCUGAUUCUGGUGACUGAGCUGCCCAUCAGUCUAAGCAACUGUCCAUCAAACUAACUGUGUGUUAGUGAUUGUUUUAUCCUGGGGUUCCAGGCUUUGCACUGGCUGAGCCGCAGCCAUGGAGGUGGCCCUGGUAGACUUUGAGAGCCUGGGUGAUCUUGACGGCAGCCUCGAGGAUGAGGUAGACACCUAUGCUGAUGAGACCACCGCUCUCACAGUGGACUUUCCUCAGGGGCUAAACAGCCCCGGCAGCAACUACCUCCUUCGAGUCCCUCAGCUUUCUUCUCCACCCUCCCACCACAGCCCAGUUCCCUCCCAUAUGUGGGAAUCCACCUCAUCUUCGCCCAUUCCACAGACGCAGACACUAAGAGUACUGAAGUCUCCAACCAUGCCAACUCCAAACAGACAGGGGCGUAGUAGCUGUGCCAGUAUGAUCUCCAACUGGAAAUUGCUGCUAAACAGUGAUGGAACCAAGGAAAGUGAGACCAUUUUCAGCCGGCUUGCCAAGGAGUGCUGCGAGGAUCUGUUUGUAGAUAAAAGGGGGCUAGAUGAUGGAGACCAAAAAGUUAUCAUCAACAUUGCUGGUCUUCGUUUUGAGACCCAGCUCAAAACAUUGGACCAGUUUCCUGAUACCCUGCUAGGAGAUCCUCUAAAGAGGAUGGACUACUUUGAUCCAAUGAGGAACGAGUACUUCUUUGAUCGUAACCGACCCAGCUUUGACGGGAUCUUGUAUUACUAUCAAUCUGGCGGUAAGGUUAGACGUCCAGCUAACGUUCCCCUGGAUGUGUUUGCAGAUGAAAUACUGUUCUAUCAGCUUGGAAGCGAGGCUAUGGAGCAGUUCAGAGAAGAUGAAGGAUUCAUAAAGGACGUUGAGAUCCCUCUACCUGAUAAUGAUGUGUACAGGCAAUUCUGGCUACUGUUUGAGUACCCAGAGAGCUCAAAUGCAGCCCGAGGUGUAGCACUUGUGUCCGUUUUUGUUAUUGUUAUAUCCAUCAUUAUUUUCUGCAUGGAAACCCUACCAGAAUUUAGAGAUGACAGUGACCCAAUUGUGCCCACAGCAGUAUUGCCUUUCAACCAGUCCAGACUUUACACUUCCGUGGCACCAUCUGGUGCAGAGCCCACAACUUUCUCCGAUCCCUUCUUCAUCAUCGAGUCUGCGUGCAUCGCAUGGUUCUUCUUUGAGCUGUGUGUGAGAUUUUGGGUCUGUCCUAGCAAAAGCGACUUUUUCCACAACCUCAUGAACAUCAUUGACAUUAUAUCCAUCAUCCCUUACUUUGUAACUGUAGUCACAGAAUUGGUCACAACGCCACAGGAGAACUCGGGACAGAACAUGUCUUUGGCUAUUCUGCGAAUCAUUCGCCUGGUGAGGGUGUUUCGUAUCUUCAAACUCUCACGUCACUCCAAGGGGCUGCAGAUCUUGGGACAGACUCUGAAGGCCAGUAUGCGUGAGCUUGGUUUGCUUAUCUUCUUCCUCUUCAUCGGAGUCAUCCUCUUUUCCAGUGCUAUCUACUUUGCUGAAGUAGAUGAGCCAAACACACAGUUUGUUAGCAUACCUGAUGGCUUCUGGUGGGCUGUUGUAACCAUGACCACAGUUGGCUAUGGGGAUAUGUGUCCUAUCACAAUGGGGGGUAAAAUGGUGGGCACCUUGUGUGCCAUUGCAGGCGUGCUUACCAUUGCUUUGCCUGUUCCUGUCAUUGUCUCCAACUUUAACUACUUCUACCACAGAGAGACAGAAGCAGAGGAUAAGCUACCUCUGGCUGAUGCAGUAGAAGAAGCCAUGAAGGCUGAGGCCCGUAGCACACAGGGAAGCAACACCUCGCUUAAUAAAGCUAAUGGCAUCUGACAAAUUGACAAAGGGAAAUAACUGUGGAAGGGGACAAUAUGGCACAAGAGACUUUGAUACAAGGCAGGAAACACAUUCUGUCUAGAAGAGUUUGCGGGAAAUGAAAUGUUUCGAUUUCCCUCAUGAUAAUGGAAUCUAUGACGUGUUUGUACCAAGUGAAACAAAAGUUUUCUAAGAAUAUGCAGAAUGAACUGUAUUAACCUUUCACGUGUCUAUUAUGAAUUUGACACUUGAUAACAGACAAACAGAAUCAUUUAUUUAAUGAAUGUCCAAGACACAUUUCGCUUUGUUUUAGUAUGUAUGUUUGAACGAUGUAUGACGAUGACUAUUUAUCCUAUUCACAACAUUGUGAACACCACUUUCCUUUUUGACGUUUUUGGUAAUAAGCUCUAUUAACACAACUUUCACACUGUUUAUUUCAAGGCCAUGAAGGUUUAGACAAGUCAAAUGUAAUGAACGGUUAAGAAAAAGUUAAAUGUCAACAAUGUUUAGAAGAUUGUUACUGUAAACUGCACUGGGGAUAUGCUACUUUGUAACUCAGCUUGUAGGAAUUACCUUUCAAACAACUUUGUGUGCAUUUACCACCCAAUUCAUUUUCUUACAAACACACAGGAAGGGACAUUUAUUGUAAAGCUAGACUUUUCUGUUAUCUUAAAAACUGGUGCGGUUUCCAGGUAAAACCGUAAUGGAUAGGAAAAAGGUCAAUCUGACACAAAUUAGACAAAGAUUGUACAAAGUAGCAUCAACAAAAACACAAACACAAUAUCCCUGCAAGUGCGAAUGAGUAACUUGUGAGUAGUGUCUAGAACACAGCUUUCCUCUAUUUAAUUAUUUCAAAUUGUAUCAUGAUACUCUUGCAUCUAUUAAUUUCUUUGAUGAGUAGUGUUGGUUAGAACCCUUCACUGUUGUGAGCAGUCUGACUCCACAAAAUUGACAAUAAUGGAGUGCCUUAAAUAAUGUAUUGUUAAGAAACUGAUGCAUUUGCCAUAUUUAAUCUUUCUGUGAUAUCUAUGUUUUGUAUCCAUCUAUGCUCAACUAUUUUGAUUCAGCUUGGUUGAAAAUGCAGAAGUUGCACUCUCUCUGACCUUAACUUGUGCAAAGUUUGCUGGUCCCCCUAUCUUUCUAAAGGUAGAUAUUAUCCUUACAAGUUAUGGAUUUCUUUACAAAUAUCACACUUCUAGAUUAGUAGCUUUUUUAUCUUGUUGUUUGAUUUAGGGAGACUAAACCUUUCAAUGGCACUACAUAAACUUUACCAAACCUACCUUCAAAGAUUAAAAAACAGAUGAAUGAAGCCAAAGAAUGAUUGGUUAAUGAGCAAAUGUAAUAAAGGUAACUGUUGCAGGCCCAGGGGACCCUAUGUUCUGUGAUCCAUCGUACUUACUGAAGGUGUAAUUGUAAAUCAUACUGUAUCAGUGUAAUGUUGUGAUGGUAUGGUUUUAUCAGUAUUUGGAUCCAAGAAUAUGAUGUUUGUAAGAUAGAUUUACAGUAGAACUGUGUCUGAAUUUCUGGUAAACAUAUGGACAAGUAAAGAUGUGCUGCCCAAGUGUUUGAUCAGCCUUAUGGUGAUGAUGACGAUAAGGUAUAAUGUCUUUUUUUUUCAGUCCUUUGUCUCUGAAGUCACUAUUGUAAAGUGACUUUAGAGACAGACUUGCCUGCAUCAUCAUAGCUACAGCAGGUCAGAGUUAAUAACCCCAACAAGACCAUUACACUGUAUUAGUAUGUAUGAAAAUAUUUCAGUAUACAAUUUACUGUAAUGUAUGCAAUAUAUCCUGGGAUUUGAAA